GCGGACGCCAUGGCGACCCGCGGGGCCUCUCGCCUGGACUGGUGCCUCCGCCGGGUCGGGGCCAGCGGCGACUGGCUGCUGCUGGAGGCCGGCACGCAGAUGUGUUUCAGAAUGGUGCAGUAACAAGCCUUUUUCAACAAUGACAUUUGUGUGUGUUGGGGACGGGGCGCUGGCAGAGGAUUGACGCACCAGUGGUCGAAAUUGGGCAGUUUGGUGGUUUGGGUUCAUGCUGUACCCUGUUCCUUUGUGCCUUCACAUUGCAAAAGGUAACUAUUGGCCGAGGAUUAGAUCUCACGUACCAGCUGGUGUCAAAAACCUGUCCCUUGAUGAUCUCUCGUAAGCAUUGUGUUUUCCAGCAGAAUGCAGAAGGGCAGUGGACUGUCAAGGAUAACAAGAGUCUAAAUGGAGUCUGGCUUAAUAAACAGCGCCUGGAUCCCUCAAAAGCCUAUCCAAUCACUGAAGGAGACCGUAUCCAGUUAGGAGUGCCUUUAGAAAACAAAGAGACUGCUGAGUAUGAGUAUGAAGUAAUUAAAGAGGAAUGGGAUAAAAUCAGACCCUUUUUAGCCCAAAGGAAUGACCAGGGGAAAGCUAAGAGUUUAAGAACUAAACGUAAAUUUAGCGUGGAGGCAUCGGAGACAUGUGGAUCAGAAGGCCCUUCAAAUUCGAGAUCCAAAAGAGACAGAGUGUCCUGUGACAGUGAACCUUUGGGAAAACCAUGGGGAAGGGUAGAAGAGGCCAAACAGUUAAUGGAGAAGAUGGAUGUCAAGCAGCCUUCUCCUGGACCAAGUGAGGAGGAUCGUGGUCCACUGUGUAGUAGCCCUGUGCACUCUGAGAAAGCUGUGCCUGUCCCCCAUAAAGACCAGAAAGGCUCUGGUCUUGCACAGUCAUGGACUGGCUUGGAAAUGCUGAGGAAGACUCUACUAAAUAUAAUGAAGUUAAAGGUGAAAGUGCAGGAGAAGCAGACAGCAGUUCUGAAUGUGAAGCAGAAGCGCAGGAAGUGUGCUCAGAAGGAGAUCCUGGCAAUGGAGCAGGAGCUGCAGGAGUUGCAGGACCAGCUGUGCAUGGAACAAGAGCAUCAGCAGCAGCAGGUGGAAGAGCUGAAGAGGACGUUCUCUGAAGAGCAUCAGAAGUUAGAGGGAGCGAAGUGGCAACAUGGGGAAGAGACUCUGAAGGAACAACUGGCCCAAGUGCUGCAAGAGCAUCGUGCUUUGAUGGAAGAACUGAGCCGUAGUAAAAAAGAUUUUGAGGAGAUAAUUCGAGCCAAGAAUAAAGAACUAGAAGAAACCAAGGAGGAGAAGGAAAAGGUGAGAGCCCAAAAAGAAGAGGUGUUGAAUCAGAUGAAUGAGGUGCUGGAGAAUGAGUUGCAGUGCACAAUCUGUUCUGAGCACUUCAUUGAGGCAGUCACUCUGAACUGUGCACAUAGCUUCUGCUCCUACUGUAUCAAUGAGUGGACAAAACGUAAAGUGGAGUGCCCGAUCUGCAGGCAGGAGAUAAAAUCAAAGACACGCUCUCUGGUCCUGGACAAUUGCAUUGACAGAAUGGUAGAAAAACUGGAUGUGGAAAUGAAAGAGCAUCGCCUGACCCUUAUCAGAGAGCGGAAAGGUGAGAGAGAAACAGAAUGUGUUGGUGAAACCAGCUGCGGACAAUGACAGGAGAGUCAUUUCUUCCAUCUGCCCCAUUGUGUUGAUGAGCAGUUGUGACAGUGAGGACUCUGAGGAGGAUUCUUACUUUCAUGAAAACUACUAUGUUAUCUAAAAACUCGUACUGCAGACUCAUUUGCCUGUGUGCUGCCCAAAACCAACCUAAUGGUGUUUGGUUGACUGCUGCUGGAUGAGUGGACUGGACAUCUGGAAGGAGAGAUUCUAUGAAGAGGCUGGAGCUGAGAACUAGCAGCAUUUGGAGAAAGGACCUUAUUUUUUAAAUGAAUGUAUGGAAACUUGAUAUCUAAAACAAAUCCGGGAUUGUGAAAGAACAAACUGCUGUUAUGCUAGAUGAUUGACAUACAAAACUUAGACUUCCACAAUCACUUCUGACUUGCUCGGUGUAAUGUAUUCAUAUGCAUCACUGCCCUUUCCUUAGUGAAUGGCAUCUCUAAAUGUGUAUGUCAGCUUCCCUUAUUUCAGGCAGCAGAGGGAAUGGCCCAGGCUGUUUGAGAACUUGGCCACACACACCAGCUGGCAGGAGAGCUGUUAUCAGGAAAAAGUGACAAAGUGGGUUUUCCUCGUGAAUUUCACGUGGCAGCUAGAGUCAUCCCAGGCCUCUGGCAGUAAAGGUAACACGGGGUGGGUUAUGGACCCUGUCAGCCUUGAGUGCUUAAAUGCAUUGUAAGUUGAACUGCUGGCCAUCUCUUUGCUCUGUUAUGUUACUCAUUUUUUGUUAGAUAGGGAUGGAGAAGAUUGAAUCUUCUAAAAUUCCUUAGCUAGUGCUCUUUUCAUAUAUUAUUUUUCGUUUGUUCCUUCUUCAGGCUUUUGCAUAAAGGGUUUUAGAAUUGGGAAGCAGCACAUCCAGAAGUUAUUACCGAUGAUUUCAGAAGCACAUCUAGCUCUUGUCAGCAGCAGAGAGGAACCUCUGCCUCUUUGGAAGAGCUGUUACCUGAAUUGGUGAACUGUCCUGUUGCAGGAUAGGUAGGAAGGCAGCAUCUGUAGGAAACCAUGAGGCACAGAAAGAAGCAUUUAAUUUUAUUGUUUACAAAACAUUUGCUGUUGAGCCGUGAGUUGUACUACCCUCAUAGCAAGUCACUCAUCCCUAGGACUGAGCAAGUCUUGGCUUGUUCUUUCAUGGAUUUGUGUCUGAAUUUACAUUUUCGGUGGCAUAUGCUUUUGACUUAGCCAUUAAAUGGAAAGGACUGUUUUACACUGUGAGAAGUGGAUGGGGGAAGCCCUUCUCAUCUGUAAAAUUUCUUUGGCUAUUUGUAUGUACUUUCUUGUUUCUAUGUUUAUUUUGUUUAAGAAGGAAAAUAUAAGUCCAUUUCUGCAUUAGUCUUCCUUGGAGCUAACACUGCAAUGAAUGUCUUUCUCUUAGUUGUCUUAGAUUUUUUUUUUUUUUGAGAAAACACAAAUUAUCGAAUUUUAAUGACUUUGCUUUGUGUUUUGAUUGCUGUAAGCAGUGUGACUAUUUUGAAGUUAUUUUAGACUUGUGUAUUCAGGAAUUCAUAAAAGACAAUGCAAUUCUUCAA